UUAAGAUACUUAUGCCCUGCCUGAUACUUAUGCAUGAGUCACUACCUGAACCUGAUACUUAUGCCCUGCCAUGGAUUAUUUCGUCUGACAUUGACACCGGCUGAGGGCAUCAAAUCAAAAAUUAUAACGAGAGUUCGAAAUCCAAAAGUAUACUAUAAAAAUCCACCAUUUAGUACAUCCACGUUACAGGUCGCUGCUGAGAGACGAGGAUUAAUGAUUAAAAACUACAACAACUUCAUCUACUAGCAAACAAGAUCUUCAUGAAAGAUUUUUGAUAGUAGCUCGAUACCCGGGCAGAACUAAACAAUUUUCAACAUUCGGUAGUCGUCGCAAAAAAUGCAAGAACUUGCUACUGCUAUUGCUAUUGUUACAUCAUAGUUGUAGAAAUCAGCUCUUGGACGAAAAUAAGAUGGGUGAUCACGACGUGCGCCGAGAUUAUUGGGAGAUACUCAGGUCAGGGAAUAAUAAGGCGAGCAAGCAGGCAGGGCAAUCUUCAAGCGAUGAAGGCGAUGCGAACGAGGAGCGACGACAUCGGAAAGCAGUGAGUCAUGAACAUUAAGGGUGAGCUUCAUUUACUUGCCGAUAACCCUAGGCCCUUGAAUGAGUAGGUACUUACUUGAUGAGCUUCUUGAUUACAACCUUGCUUACUGAGGAUGAGCUUCAUUUACUUUGGUCUUAGACUUAGCGAAUUUACUUUGCAUUCUGGCAUUUCUCAGAGUAGAGUCUCACUGUCUGCGUGUGUGCUCUAUGAAGAAGUGUCAUUCUUGUUUUCGCAUCUUCCGCCGCACGAUAGUAUGAACUUGUCAUCUUAAGCAAUUCAUUUAGACAAAUCAUUCUACUUACUUUUCUUUGUCUACAACAACGUUCUAGGCCGACGAAUCAAUUUCAUCAGUGAACAAAUAUACAACCAGUUCUAAUUAUUAGUUUCCAGUGCUUCUAGUCCUUCUUCUAGUUUUAGCUUGUGACUGACUAUAAAAAAGACUUCUCCCUGCUCUAAUUCCCGCAUCGAAAGCACAUGGACAAAACCCGAGACUCAAAAUUGGAGAAGCAAAAGCAGGAGAUGUUAAAACAGACCAAGAAGAUGAUCUCCCCAGAUUCGGAUUCCGACGAAGAAUUGCCAUUCUGGAUGAUGGAUUCGUCGAUACGAGCAGCACAAGCAGAAAAACUUGCUCAGCAGGGAACCGACAAGAAGGAUAAGAAAAUUAUGUUGUUGGACUGGGAAUUACUUACACCCAUUGGGUUAGGGUUAUCCUACACACAUUAUCCUAUCCUAUCCUACACACAUUACUUACACAACAAGUAGAGUGUUCCUGGUGGCGACUUUCAUUACAUUGAUCAUGUUGAGGACGAAAUAAGUUCAUUGGAAUUUAUUUCCUAUUCUACUACUGAAGAAGUGUCAAACUACUGUUGCCUCAAGGUGAGCAUCUCCCUCUCCUUCAUAUUUCAAGGGAGCAGCAAAGACGACAAGGAGAAGAAGAAAAGUAAGAGCAAGAAGGAUAAAAAGAGGAAAGACGACUCCUCACGAAAGAAAAAUCGGAAAGAGAAAAAGAAGAAAGACAAGAAAAGCGUGAAGAAGUCAGACGACAAACGGAAAAAGGUAAUUCCACUUCUAUUACGUCAUUUUGAUUUCAUCUGCUUUCCGUAGCAGCCUGUCUUCAGAUGGAAUUUUUCUGUCAAGAACCUACUUCCAAUAGUCAUACUGUCUGUCACUAUUUAAUUGUUCAUCUACUUCAUCCCAUUCCACAUGAUCAAAUACAUUUUCAAUCAAAGAAGUUUGUUGUGGAACACUUGUUUCCAAUCGAAGAAGUACUAGUACUCCUGCUUCUACAUGUUCCUGAAAUCGAAGUUCCUUAGAUCCUCGAAUUGCAAACUGACUCUUCCUCGCAAACUCAUCCUUUCCGGUACUUAUCGCUCCGGGAUACGACUAUGCGUUUUCGUCUACAGAAAAAAAGCAAGAAACGAGAUUCCUCGUCGAGCGAUUCUUCGUCCGGCAGCGACAGCAGCAGUUCCGAAAACUGAGCUCAAUACCUUCACGAAGGCGUUCGCAGAGUCAAAGUUCAAUGGGACUGCAUGAAACAGAGUUGAGGUCGGUCCCUACACGAAUGAAGACAGGUUGUGGAGGCUAUUUAUCUCAUAUAAUGCUAGUGGAGUUAUUUCAGUUUCCACCCGUGGUCUGCUGUACUGUGGAGCAUGACCACUGGAAAAUACCUCUCACCACGACUUGUUCCCCUCUUAAAACUACUAAAUCAUGGAAAUACUUUUUCCUCAUGUGUCCGCUUGGUCCCAAUAUUACGACGAUGAAUGAACUUACAAGUUUGUAUUCGGAGAAGCAAGGAC